UGACGCUGUUUUCGAAUGAAUUACCUCGCACGUCAGCUAUAUUUUCCCCGAUUUCCCCCACACACGUGUGAAAAUUGGUGAAAAUAAAAAUAACCAUCCCGGCGAAAACAACUCGCGCCCAACGUUUCAUUACCACCCCGACACGCACACAAUCGAUAUCGCGCGCAAAUGGGGCCAAAAAAGUGGUGAAAAUGCAGCGAAUUCUGAGCGUGGAGACGAGCCGCAGCUCCAACGUCACCUCCGAGUACGUCACCAAGAGGCUCUGCUGCAGCUUCAUCCUCACGGUGGCCUUCUUCGCCGUGGUCGGAGGGUUUUUCCUCGGCCGCUUCGCGACCGAAAAAACUCUACAGAAAUUGAGAUACGAGCUGAUCGAGGUGUCGAAAAAGCUGACAAUGUUGGACCAGAACUUGAAAAACACAUUCCAGGACAAUGCGAAUUGCAGUCGGAGGAUAAAUUGCGAACACUUGUCUAACUUUUCGCGCGAAACGACGGCCAAAUCCGUGCAACAGGUCCUAGACGUCCUCAAUCAGUGUUUCCACGACGGAUAAUCUAGCUUAUGUGUGUGUGUAAAUAAAUGACCAGAAUUAACGAUCGAUGUUUAAUAAAUAAUUGUUUUUUCUUCGUUGUUUGAAUGUGCGAUAAUGUUGCAUCAUUGUGUCGCACAAUUACCUGGCCCCAAACAAUCGAUAUAAGCACAAACGCAGCCUCUGCAAGAACAGUCUAUCACUUAAAUUGGGAUGAUUUGAAUGAAAUAAUCACUCGAUAAGAGGCGUCCCGCGUGUCAAGUGCUAAUUUAGUGACGCAACUGCUCCAAGUGCCCGUAAUUUAUUUAAAUGUGAAUUAUUAAUUACCUAGCCAUUCGUUAUUUUGUUCCGCAUUUCUCACGCAAUUAAUUAUUCAAAGUAAUCGGUCAAAGUGUCUCGAAAUGACCCCGAUUAGAAGAGUUUUGGUGAUUUAUGUCGGAGGAACCAUUGGAAUGGAGCGCAACGAGAAUAAUGAUAUUUCCGGUUUUGGCUAUUUUUAGUUUACGCUCCGUCGCCGAAUAAGCUUUUACAAAAAUUGAAGUUUCAUUCACAAAUGCAUGACCAGGUCUUGGCCAAAAAGUUCAUCGGAGAGUUGGGCUACAACCAACUGGUUUUGCCCGAAAUUGGAAACGAAGUCGUUCUUUAUGAGUUAAAGGAGUACAAUCCGUUGCUGGAUUCGAGUAAUAUGUGCUCAAAGGACUGGAUCCGAAUUGCCAACGAUAUUGGGAAAAAUUACGAUAAAUUCGACGGUUUUGUGAUACUUCAUGGAACUGACACGCUCGCGUACACAUCGUCUGCUUUAUCAUUUAUGUUGGAAGGGCUCCAAAAGCCUGUCAUUUUGACCGGAUCUCAAAUUCCUAUCUUUGAGACGCGAAGUGACGCGAAAGACAACAUCCUAUCGUCGCUAAUCCUCGCCGGCUGUUACAAAAUCCCCGAAGUUUGCAUUUUUUUCGCCAAUAAAUUACUGCGAGGCAACCGAACGGCCAAAAUCAGCUCAAUACACUUGAACGCUUUCGACUCACCUAAUUACCAGCCUUUGGCCGAGGUCGGAAUUGACAUAAAAGUGAACAAACACUUCAUUUUGCAGCCCACAAGCCCCUUCCAAGUCCACACGAAAUUAAACUCAAAUGUGGGUUUGUUGAGCUUUUUCCCCACUAUUACUCCAUGCAUGUUUAGGGCAAUUUUGCAAUGUCCGUCAGUUGAAGGGUUGGUUUUGCAAAGUUAUGGGGUCGGGAAUAUUCCCUCAAAUCGGACCGAAUUGCUUCAAGUGAUUGAGGAAGCAGUGAGGAGGGAAACUGUGAUUGUGAAUAUCACGCAGUGUCCGCAAGGCACCGUUUCGGCGACUUAUGAGACCGGAAAGGCGCUUGAAAAAAUCGGCGUUAUUUCGGGUCAUGACAUGACAGCUGAAGCCGCUCUCACGAAAUUGUGCUACGUGUUGGGAAUCCCCGGACUGACGUACGAGCAACGAGUUUUGUUGAUGAAGGAGAAUAUUCGAGGCGAGUUGACGAAUAAUAAUAAUAUUUACUGAUGAGAUAAUUUAUUUGUUGUGAUUUUGUGAGCUAAGCUUUUUUUAAUAAAAAAUAAAAUUA